ACUCCGAGGGGGAAAGCUGCGUCUUAAAAGUCGUCUCGAAAAUUAUUGGAAGUGAACGCAAGUCCGUGUUUGAUUACCUCUCAAUUUGAAUUUUGCCGAUUUUAAAGUGUGAUUAAUUAAAUCAAGCAAAUUGAGUGGAAAUUUUUGAGAAGAUGGAAGGAUCUCGAUCAAAGUAUUUACGCGAUGGAUCCGGAGGAAGUGGGCGGAAUAAGGCACCGCCGAGCGGGACGUUCUCUCGGAUCAAUCCGGACACGAAAUUUCUUGAGGGCGAAGAAGUGGAAGGUGUCCAUCUCGUGAAUGACUUUGACCUGGUCCGUCAAAUUCAAGUGCGUUUAGGCAAAUUUAUUCCCAACGGAAAAGAUGAUUUCUUUUCGGCAAUGUGGCCCGUUUCGUUAUCAACGGAUAACGUCCAUUUACUUGCAUCGGAGCCUUACGUGGUGGCCCCGAAACCAACUGGACCCCGCUUCUUUCUCUACGUCGAUCCUUCCGGCGAUAUUUUCCUGGAGAACAUGACGCAGCACAUCUUCCGUGUCGACGAGGAUCACGCCAUCAAGAUGGAAUCGUUCGACGGUCGCCCCAUCACCGACACCCUUCUAGAUGGCAUCGUAACAAGAGAAAAAUCAAACGGUGCUGACGCCAGCUGUGAAGGAAACGGAGAAGAUGGAACGACUAGAAAAUUGACUUUUGUCAUUUGUGACGCAAUCAGAUGCAACGGGAAGGAUCUGACCAACUCGAGCAUUCUUCAGCGAAUCGCUUUUGUGAGGGGCGAAAUUAUGAAACCGCGAAUGUUUUCCACGAAAAACCGGAUGAGAUCCGAGGAGAAAGAGGCGUUUGAUUUGGAUAUUGUCGAGUACCACGAAGCCCAUCAAACGGAAAAUUACUUGUCUCCUGAAUUCGUCGAACGUUACAAAUAUCCGUAUCGUUCGCUAGUCUUUUACCCUCGGAAAAAGCUCUACAGAAGCUUUACCAAUGAAGACAGCGUCCAGUGGCAGGAAGGGGACCUGCAGGAGUGCAGCUUUCGUCUCAAAAUUCCCAAAGGAGUUAAAGAGCCAAAAAAAGCUGAACUUCAUGUAGGGGGCCCAUUUCGGAGAGAAAUACUUCACGACCAGAUUACUCUGACGGACGAAACUCGGAAGUUGGACGGCUGCAUCAUUGAUUGCCGCUACUUUGAUCACCAAUGGAUCUUCAUGAAGCAGCGACUCGAUCGCAAUCAUCCCAAUGGAAGGCGUGCAGUUAUGGGAAAACUGGUUGCGUUGGAAAAGGCGGUCUCUCGUGACCUGCUGCUGACAAAUCUGGAGCAGUCAAAAGGAUUGGAUUAAAGUUGGUUUCCUGCUGGUUUUAUCUUUCCUUGAUAUUUUGUUUCGAAAAAAAAAAAUCAAGACCAUUGAUUAAUCCUGAAAAUUUAGAAAUGCUUUACCCGGAAAGUGUAUCGUUUUUGUACUUAUUAUUACUUGUGCUAUUCUAGAAAAAAAUAUAAUCAAGAAGCUCA